AUGAGAGAUUUCCGUUCGCUUAAUAUGUUAUUGAUUGCCUUUGUUGGAGUGUUCCUUAUUGCCUCCCCUGUAUUUGCCGCUAGAGAAACUGGGCGAACAACUUUAUUGAGUAAGAAAGAAUCGGGCUAUGGCAGGACCAUGGAAGAUGAUGAUGAUAAAUGUCCACCUUGUUUUAACUGCGCGCUGCCGAUUUUUGAGUGUAAGCAGUUUUCUGAAUGUAAUACAAACACUGGUAGAUGUGAGUGUUUAGCAGGUUUCACAGGUGAUGAUUGUUCUAUACCUGUUUGUGGUGGUCUUUCAGAUGAUAACGACAAGAGACCUCGUCGCCCUGAUGACACCAACGAAUGUGAAUGUGAUGUCGGCUGGGGUGGUAUAAACUGUAAUAUCUGCGAAGAAGAUUCUGUAUGUGAUGCAUUUAUGCCUGAGAAGGGGUUAAAAGGUACUUGUUAUAAGAAUGGGAUGAUUGUAAACAAGUUGUAUCAAGGUUGUAAUGUAACCAAUGAAAAAAUUCUGGAGAUUCUUAAUGGGAAGAUACCGCAAGUUACUUUCUCGUGUGAUAAGAAGACUGAAGGUUGUAAUUUUCAGUUUUGGAUAGAUCGUAAGGAGAGUUUUUACUGUGGGUUGGAUACUUGUUCUUUUGAAUACGAUUUGAAAACCAAUUCAUCGCAUUACAACUGUAAGGAUGUUCAAUGUAAAUGUGUUCCAGACGCGAUGCUUUGUGGAGCAAACGGGUCGAUUGAUAUUUCUGAUUUCUUAACUGAGACUAUUAAGGGACCCGGUGAUUUCAGUUGUGAUUUGGAUGCUAAGAACUGUCAGUUUAAGGAACCUUCUAUGAAUGAUUUGAUCGAAACAAUUUUUGGUGACCCAUAUAUCACGCUGCAUUGUGAAUCUGGUGAAUGUUUGCACUACAGUGAGAUCCCAGGUUAUAAUCCUCCUUCUAAGGAUAUUGCAAUGUCGUGGCAUGCAAAAGUGAUCCUGAGUUUGACGUCGAUGUCGUUGUUGGCCUUGAUCACAUUUGUCUCGUUUUACAUCUCAAAAUCAACCCUUUUCAAGAAUGGUACCAUCCAUUUGGUUGAUGAAGUGGAAACUCUUGACGAGAGUUUCUUGAAAUCCGAUAAUGCUGCAGCAUUGAGUUUUGAAAAUAUCACUUACAAUGUUAGUAGUUCGAAGACUGACGAAAAUAUUUUGAAAGGUAUUAGUGGUAUCAUUAAGCCUGGCCAGAUGAUGGCUUUACUUGGUGGUUCUGGUGCCGGUAAAACUACUUUGUUAGACAUCUUGGCGAUGAAGAGGAAGACUGGUCAAGUUACGGGAAGCAUUAAGGUAAACGGUUCCGAUAUCCCCAGGAAGGAUUUUACAAAAUUGAUUGGAUUUGUGGACCAAGAUGAUUACUUAUUACCUACUUUGACUGUCUACGAAACUGUCUUGAACAGUGCUCUCUUGCGUCUGCCAAGAUCAUUCUCGUUUGCUGCUAAACAGACAAGAGUCUAUCAAGUUUUGGAGGAAUUAAGAAUACUUGAUAUUAAGGACCGCGUCAUUGGUAACGAUUUCGAAAGAGGCAUCAGUGGUGGUGAAAAGAGGCGUGUUUCAAUUGCUUGCGAGCUAGUGACCAGUCCAUUGAUACUUUUCUUAGAUGAGCCAACUUCAGGCUUGGAUGCCAACAACGCAAACAAUGUCGUAGAAUGUCUUGUCAGAUUGGCCAAGACAUACAAUAGAACUUUGGUUCUCUCAAUUCAUCAGCCAAGAUCUAAUAUCUUCCAGUUGUUCGACAAGUUAGUGUUAUUGAGUAAUGGUGAAAUGGUAUACUCUGGAGAUGCUAUUCGCGUCGGUGAAUUCUUGCGUAAUAAUGGCUAUCGCUGUCCUUCUGAUUAUAACAUUGCGGACUAUCUUAUCGACAUUACUUUCGAAUCACAAGGUGCAAAGAAAAGAUUCGCUGCAAGUUCCCCUAGUGAUGACAUUGAGGCUUCCGCCGCGCUCUUCAAUCCUUCUUCAAAGAAAGAUUCAGUUCAUCCAGCGCUGGAAGACAGGACUAAUUCUGUGGGUUCCUUCAAUCAACGUGAAUGGGAACAUUUUGCUGGACAUAGGGAUGAGAUCAGAAAUCUACUAUCGGAAAGCAGCGAUCCUCAAGCAGAGACUGUUGGUUCAAUGAACACGAAGUUGUUGAAUAACAAGUUCAAAGAAGGUCCUUAUUUUGCAGAGCUCAAGUUCGAUAUCGAUACAUUGAUUGCAAACCAUGAACAAUCACCUAUUCAAUUGCCACAAUCCUUAAAAUCAGCAACCUUUUUGCAACAAUUGUCCAUCUUGUGCUCAAGAACCUUCAAGAACAUUUACAGGAACCCAAAACUGCUUUUGGCAAACUACUUGUUGACUUUGGUACUUGCCUUGUUUUUGGGAACUCUUUACUAUGAUGUAUCGAACGAUAUCAGUGGAUUCCAAAACAGAAUGGGUCUCUUCUUCUUUAUCUUGACCUAUUUCGGUUUUGUGACAUUCACUGGUCUAAGCUCCUUUGCAAUGGAGAGAAUCAUUUUUAUCAAGGAGCGUUCAAACAAUUACUACAGUCCAUUGGCCUACUUCAUCAGUAAGAUACUGAGUGAUGUUUUGCCCUUAAGAGUCAUCCCUCCAACUCUGUUGGCUUUGGUGGUUUAUCCAUUGGUGGGACUUAACAUGAAGAAUCAAGCAUUUUUUAUCUUUAUCGGUGUUCUCAUCUUGUUCAACCUGGGCAUUUCAUUAGAAAUACUAGCGAUCGGUAUUAUCUUUGAAGAUCUGAACAAUUCGAUCAUCUUCAGUGUCUUGGUCCUGUUGGGAUCUCUAUUGUUCAGCGGCUUGUUCAUCAAUACCAAGGAUAUUACGAGUGCGGCCUUCAAGUAUCUCAAGAACCUCUCCUUGUUCUAUUACGCCUAUGAGUCGCUGUUGAUUAAUGAAGUCAAGAGUUUGACGUUGAGAGAAACGAAAUAUGGACUCAAAAUCGAAGUUCCAGGUGCUACUAUCUUGAGUACAUUUGGGUUUGUUGUGCAGAAUCUAGCCUUCGAUAUCAAGGUUCUCGGGCUAUUCAACAUGUUUUUCCUCUUGGUAGGUUAUCUGGCAUUGAAGCUAAUUGUCGUAGAACAAAAGUAG